GAUUUUCAUUAUCACAUGUCUUUACAUUGCAGUUCCCUUUGUUGUUACAAGUGAAAAGAAGUUAUUCAAACGCGAGGAUAGUAAAAGGAUAAAUAAUGCAGAAAAAUGACGAUAACUCAAGUUUGAAUAUGAUAUAUAAGUUUAGACACAAAAAAGACAAACCUGAUGUAUUUAUCAAUCCGGUAUCAAUCGGACGCUUCUCAGAAGUACAAUCGCAUAACAUACUAAUUGAAGUUGACGAGAAACAGCGUCAGAAAACUUAUGCUAUACUUCAAGAACCCAGAUCCGACUUUCACAGCAACAGGCUCCGUUACGUGCUCUUAAUUUAUACGAACCCUAUGUGGAAUCUGUUUAUUUUAACGACCAUCUUCUUUGCAUACUUCUUAGAAACCAGUCUCUAUACGUUUAGCAAACCCGACGAAAGGACCUUCUGGUUAAUCAUGCUUGUUGUCUUUUUAAAUGUUGUCUUCACAAUUGACGUAACCUUCGUUUUCGGAUUGAAAGUUUUUGAACGGUGGCGAAAAACAUUAAAUUUAGUGGAACCAGACACAAAACGUGUAAUACUGGACGCUGUUUUGUCAUUACCAUAUUCCUUCAUGUAUUUGAUGAAACCUCAAGAAUACACACCAUUUAGUUUCCACGCAAUUGCUCCUAUAAUGGCAACUGCACGUGUAUAUAGGAUAAUUGAGUACUCCUAUAGUAAAUCGUCGCAAGCUGGCACAAAUCAAUGGACAACGUUUUUGGCACAAUACCUGACACUGUUCUUACUAUCGGUGCAUACUUGGACUUGUAUAUGGUAUUUGCUUGCACAUAAAAGCUUUGAUAUACACGAAAUACGAUCAUCCUGGUCAGUCGCUACUGUGAAACUUCCUACUGAGACAACGUUUGAUUGGUACUUUGUCGGAGCUUAUUGGUCUGUAUUAUUUUUUACGACAAACGCAUUCGGCGAUAUAUACCCAGUAAAUACGUAUGAAAGAAUAAUAGCUGCAGUUGCGGUUUUAUUAGGAUUUCUAUUAACGACAGUAGUAUUCGUUGGUUCUCUGACAUCACUAUUUAUAACCAUAACGACUAGACGGGCAAAGUAUGUGCGGCAAUUGAAGAAAAUACAAAAUCACUUGUCGUUGAUUAAAAUGGAUCCUGACACGACAAAGCGUAUAAUAAGAUAUUACGAGGAUCUUUGGUACCAGAAAUCUGGCGUGUUUAAACCCAAGCUCAUGAAACUGUUACCUGCUCCGUUACAAAUGGAAAUUUGUUAUGAUCUCAAUGCGGUACCCCUCUACAGUUCUUUGAUAUUCAGAAAACUUCCGGAAGCAUUCCUUAGAAGACUAUCUGUCACAAUGACUCACCAGUUUUAUUUACCUGGCGACAUUGUUUAUAAUCAUAAUCAAAACAAGACUAUUAUGAUUUGUGUCACGAACGGCGUCUUAGAACUAUUAUCCGAUGAGGAUGAUGAAAGUCCAAUGAUAUCUUUUGCAAAGGGCACAUGUUUUGGGGAAAUCUCACUGGUGUAUAACAUUCCAGCUCGAUGUACAGUUAAAGCAGCGACGUAUGUAGAAUGCCAAGUGCUCAAUAAAACCGACUUUAUUAGGUUGAUGAUAACUUAUCCUGAUUUAGUUGCCAAGAUACGUAAAGAAAUUAACGAAAGAAUUUAUCGAAGCCACUGUAGAAAACAAAAGCAGGGAAACGACAGUCAAUUAUUAUCACUCAAUAUUUAUGCUUCUAAAGACAGAAAAAAGAGCAGCAUUAAAUGCUUAAAGGACAAAUUACGUUACAUUCAAGGUUUAAGUGACGUAGAUAAUUUUACACGAGACGAUGAAUUGGAUGAAAACUGUUUAGAUCUGUACAUUUUAUCGGAACAUGUCAAGAAGCGGAUCAGUAAAUUCACCUGUUUGAACUCAGAUUUUCCUUGGAUAUUGGAAUCAGAUUGUCACCUCGUUAAAUAUUGGCAAUUAUACAUGCUUUGCAUUGUUUUCUACGUGUGCCUCCUUUACCCUUAUUUUAUUGGUUUCGAAAGAGAAUUUCCAGGAGGCAUAUUCUUCUAUGUAGAAAUUAUCAUUACGAUUUCUUUGAUCUUAAAUGUGUUCAUUACUACCAUCACUGCUGUGAAGACUAAAAAGAAAUAUAUUAAAAGUUUUUUAAGUAUACUAAAUUAUAGAAUGUACACUCUCGGAUUUUAUAUGGAUGUGUUUGCCAUAAUUCCUUUUGAAUACAUUGUCACAAUACACACUAAUGCUUCGUAUCUAGACAAUUACAGGAAUCAUUUGUUUUAUUUGUGUAAAGGCACUAAACUUUGCUUAGUGUGGAGAUUAUCAAGCUUUUUUGAUAAUUUGGAAAGGAAAUUACUUGCAAAUACAAUAAUAGUAAAGAUUGUCAAGUAUUGUGUUUAUAUCGGAUUUAUAUGCUACUGGUCUGGCGUCAUUUUAUACAUGGAAUCGUGUUUUGUGAUUAGAUGUUCCCAAAAUUCGUGGUUCGCUCGGGCUUUGACCUGGGAAGAUCAAAGAAGCGGUAUGACAUCGAGCAAAACAAAAUAUCAUAUAUUAACCGCGACAUAUUUCGCUACUACAACAUUAUUAUUAGUUGGCUACGGCGAUUUUACUCCUGGUGAUCAAUUUGAUAUGGGAUUCAUAGCAUUUCUCAGUUUAUACGGAGUCUUGCUUACUGGAUAUUGCGUAUCUGAAUUUUCAGCUGUUGUGACUCAUUGGUCUAGGACCAAGACAGCUUUUUUGGAAGUUAUUAUAACUAUUGACAGAUUUAUGAAAGAAAACAAAAUGCAUCCGGCGAUAAAAUCGAGAAUCAUGUCUUUUUAUGAGUUGCAAUGGCAAUAUAAUGCGGGCGUUGAACUCACUGGUGAAAAUUGGCUUGAGAGAACUGUAGUGCCUUCAGAGCUACGAAAAAAAGUGCUUCAUCAGGCGCGAUUUAAAACGCUGACGUCAAUUAGGUUCUUUCAAGUGAAAAAUAAAGCUUACAUUCAUACGCUAACCGAAACUGCCAGAGACAUAAUUCUACCACCAGGAGAGAUAGUAUACUACGGCGGGACCGGUACAAGAGAUCUGUAUAUAAUUGAAAGCGGUUAUUGUUUGGUGACUUGUAAGGAGAUGAGAGAAACUAAGAGGGAACGUGUCAUUGGCCCCGGCAACCAUUUGGGUUUAUUGGUGUUGUUGUACGGCGUGCCGGCUGUCAGCACUGUAAUUACUCUGACACAUUGCAAACUGAUAAGCAUCAGCCAUUUUGCUUACACAUCAGCUUUGAAUCUGUUCCCGGAUAUGAGAGAACAUGACGGAUUACUUUUACCGGAAGAGUUAAAGAAAAUAGAGCAAAUCGCGAAAUCUCAAAACACAGACGCUUAUUUGAAACAUUACAACGUCUUGACGGCUAAACAAAAUAAAAAAAAGAUAACGAACAUCCUGCAGGAUUUUUUGAAUGAUUCCUUCAUAAACGUUCUGGAGUAUUAUAGAAAAAAGAAGGAGAACUAUAUAAAAUCAUACAAACAGUUCAAUGUGUUUAACCAUUUGUCUCCGUAUCUGCUGAUGCCGAUAGCAAUCAAGCCUGAUGGCGUGUUUCUUAAAACCUGGGCCAUCUUAAGAGUAUGUGCGGCUUAUCUACUGAGUUUGCUGAUUCCGAUUGUCAUAGCCACAGCUCCAACGUGCAACCGUUUCAAUAUUGCAGUAAUAUUUUUGGAGUGUUUUUGUUACGUAGAUUUGUAUUUGAUGCUUCACGUUGCAUUUUAUGGCCCCAAAAAUCAGCUUAUCUAUCACCCAUACUUAACGGCAAGAAAUUAUUUGAGGAGGACAUUCAUAGUAGAUCUUCUGACAUGUUUCCCAUGGUACGCCGUAUGGAAACUGUUCGUCCCAAAGCACGACGAAAAUCAUACUCCGGAGGACCAUCAAAUUAAUAUCCACAUGUACCAUUGUAUUAUUAGAAUGGUUAACGUAUUGCAAAUUUAUAAACUUUACGCGGCAUUUUGGGCAGAGUCGAUCGCUGCAUUGAAAAGGGCAUACCUGAUGAGCGUAGUGCAAUUCUUACUACUAACCCUGUUCUUCUUAAAUCUCUACACAUCGAUAUUAAUAACAAUGACAUGUAGAUAUGUAGUUGCUUAUGAUUAUGAUGAUUUUGCCAAGAAAGUUGAAAAAUUGUCCUUAGCUGGGCCGUACAUGAAGACAACGUAUAACUUAAGAGGAAAUAUGAUUUGUAAGGAAGGUUCGUGGAUAGAUGGCAGGAAAAUAUUUACAGACAAUCACCUAACUCCAAGCAAAGUAUAUUUGCUGGCUUACUAUUGGUCAGCUGCGAGUUUCACAGGCGCAGGCUUUGGUGAUAUCACGGCCCAAGACACUGCCCACAUGAUACUCUCAAUUUGCAUCAACAUACAUGGAGUUUUGUUUUUUGGAUACGUGUACGCACGUAUAGCGUCAUUAAAAGCGAUGGCCGAUCAAGUGGUUACUACAUUCCAGGAGAAUUUGAAGCAUUUAGAGCUAUUUUUAAAUCGGGAGAAGGUACCAUAUCUGUUGAAAAAGUCUGUCACUGAGUACUGGAAAUAUCAAUGGAAAAGAACCGGUGGCUGGUCGCAUCAAAAAAUUUUGGGAAAACUACAUGCCAAUUUAAACGAAGACGCAGUUUUAUACAUGUACGAAAAUACCUUAAGAGAAAUACCGUUAUUUGAAGAUGUGGAGUAUUCUUUCUUUAGAGCUUUCGCGAAAAAACUUAAGGAGCGAUAUUUUCAAAAAGGCUACAUGGUGAUGAGAUCUAAUGAGGUCACCAGUAACAUGUAUAUUAUUUACCGCGGCAAAGUGGAUAUUAUCAGCAACAUUAACGAAGUUGAGGCCUGUAUGGGGCCGGGAGGAAUUUUUGGAAAUAUUCGCGGCACAUCAAAAUAUUUAACCAUGUCAAAUGUUGUUGCUUCUAGAAAUAUAGAUUUGCUUAAUAUAGAUGGAGCAGAAUUUUACGCACUAUUAAAGAGUUAUCCAACAGUGUUGAGAAAAGUGAAAUAUUCUGUGGAUUCAACAACUAAAGAUUACGUUUUACCAACGGUCAUGUCUGAAAAAUCCAGCAUGGAAUUAGAAACUUAUCCGUCAUCGUAUAAAGCCGACGAGGAUGAAGAAGAAGAAAUAGAUGACUUAUUCCUAGAUAGCCCUGACAAAAGCGUUGCCGAAUCUCACGGAUCAAGAUCCAUAACGUCGAGCGAUUACGCUGACUAUAUUUCAGCCAUUUGGCUAUUAUUUCAACCGCACAGGUGGUUCCGUAGCAGCGUGGUGCCAGAUUCUAAUUGGCUAACUUUUAUAGAUUAUUUAAUUAUGGUUCUCUCGUACGUGGACUUCAUGAUUCUCGUGUACCAAAUGGCAUUUCUAUCCAACGCUUACUUCUUCCAUAUGUGCGUAGUGUUCGACAUCAUCUUCUUGUACAAGGCUUUCCUAGACAUACACAGUGGAUAUAUGAACAGAUAUGGAGAUUAUGUUUUGAAACCAAGGAAAGUGCGCCAAAUGUAUUUUUCUAAAGUCUAUCUACGGAGAAGGGAUUUUUUAGCCAACUUACCGAUAUCAUACUUAGCGUUUGCAAUGUCACUUCGUCCGUCGGUGCAACAUGCGUUGUUCUGUUAUUUGCGAACACCACAGCUGUUCCGGAUUUCUUAUUUGUUUACCUACAGACAGCACAGGAAAAUAAAUAUCGGAUCGGCAAACUUAUUUCUGAAAUUGACAACAAUUGCGAUAUGGGCAUCGCUGCUAACGCACGUGAAUGCGUGUUUAUUUUUCAAACUGUCCUGCCUCACUCCAGUUCAAUGCACAUCCGCUAAUUGGAUAUCUAAAGAAGAGUUGAAUUUGCGAGGAAACUACGCUGAGAAAAACUUCUUUCCACUCUACAUAGCAUCUCUAUGGUACAUGUUUAAUUUGCUUACCAUAACAGGAACAGGAGAUGUUUCUUCCCAAAAUGAUUUUGAAGUCAUUGAAACUGUAUUUAUAACCAUAGUUAUAAAAUUCUGCACAGGCCUCCUAAUAUCAGAAAUGUCAGCAAUGAUCACUGCACAUUCGUCAUCACGUAUAGCAUACGAUUAUGGCAUUAACGAACUUCGGGACGGUUUGCGCGAUACAGAUUUGAGCGAUCAUCAGAUGAACAAGAUGUGGGACUAUGUGCGCGAAUUGUGGAACAGACAGCAGGGAAAACAGAUGCCCAAACUAGUCUACAAACUACCAUUUCGACUUCGCUGUCAAGUCAUGCAAGCAGUUUACGGAAGUCAUAUACAUGAAUCCCUUAUAUUCAGGAAGGCGGACGAUGAUUUCAAGCGCAUGCUGUCUAUGUGGUUGAAGCAUUGUGUGUUUUUUCCCGGAAACUAUAUAGUUCAAAGGGGUGACGCUGAUCAGUCUAUUUAUUUUAUACAUAGGGGAGAGGUUGAAGUGUUAACAGUCCAUCAGAACUUAACAGAAUCCAUUUAUGACAUCCUAGGUCCAGAAGAUAGUUUUGGAGUAGCUCAGGGUCUAUUUGUGGGUGUCACACAUCACUUUUCCUUCCGGGCACGCACUAUAGUCGACAUAGUGUACUUAAAGCUGGAUGAAUGGAAAUAUUUGCUGGAUUUCUAUCCAUCGUCCGCGAAAAUAGUUCAGAGGAAAGUUGAAAAUGUCUAUUUAGCUAUUUAGCA